AUGUCAGGUACUUAUAAAUUCAAAGGGAGGUCUGGACACUCAGCUCCAGUAAUAGGAGGCUCACUCUACCUGUGGGGAGGGACCCAGCCUGAUUUACCUCUAGUGCAUGAUUCACCUGAAAAGAGGAAAGUGACCUCAACAGUUGAGACAUUUUCCUUUUCAUCAGCUCGCUGGUCCUCUCACCUAACAAGAGGCACUCCUCCUUUAGGAGUCAGUGGCUACUCCUGUACCACCUUUCGUUCUAAUAUUUAUUAUUUUGCUGGUAGCUGUGGUCAUUAUGAAUGUUUCCACAACAGUUUAAAUGUACUAAAUACACUGACCAUGAGCUGGACUCAAUUGCAUCCUACUGAUGAAUCCAGGAUGAAGAAAGGCCAUGCUGAAAUGCUAUCACUCAAGUUUGAUGGAACUGACUAUCUUUUUAUUGUCGGAGGAAUGGGUCCUGCACCAGCUGUCAAACAUCCUCAGUUUCAAUAUGAGCAAUUUAAGAGAGGACGUGUUAUUACUAAUGAACAGUUACUGUAUAAUUUAUCUGAUGGUGAGUUCAAAUGA